AUGUUUGCAGCUUUUCAAUGUUGGCAAUUAUUACAACAACAACAAAAUAAUCAACAAACAUUUUCUUCUGAAACUCUUCCAAACACAGUAUUGCCCUCUCAAUAUACCACUCCCGUCGAUAUCAACAACCACCCAAUAUCAACGCAAACGUCAACAAAAACAUUGUCAGAAUCCAAACAUAAACGGAAUAAUAAAGAUAAAACAAACUCCAACAAAAAACACCAACAAAACGUUAAUGAAACACAACAAAUUUUACCUCAGCAACACACAUUUAAUUCUGAACAAACAAACAUUGAAAAACAUAACAACAACGAUGUUUUGUUUAAUAACAACAACCAAACAACAACUUUUAAUGAACAACAACAAUUAAUUACAACACUAAUUUCUCAAUUGUUUGGACAACAACAAAACAUUCAAACAAACAUUCAACAAAACACCGAACAUCAAAACAUUCAACAAAACAUCCAACAAAACAACCAACUUUCCUCACCAUUAUCUCUAGGUUUUCUGCCUCUCUUUAAUUGUGACGAACAACAACAACAAGAAUUUUUAAAACAAAUGUUUGAGCAACAACAAAACAUUAACAACAAUAACAACAUUUGUUGGAAAGAAAAUAAAGAGGAGAAUAAUGAGUGCCAAAUGAACAAUGAAGAAAAAGAGGAAAAUAGAGAAGAAUAUAAAAAUGAGAAUGGACUUAACAUGUUAUCUGUUAAUCAACAACAAAAACACCAACAAAAACGACUCAAAAAAAUUUCAAAAAAUUCUUCAAAUAUUCAAAAAAUUCCUACUACUUGCUCUGCUUUAAAUAUUCCUUCUGUUACUGGUGCAUUGACUGUUAAAAGCGAAAAAUCGUUAGGUGCCCUUCUUCUUCAAGAUCGUGAUGGAAUCGAGCGUAUAGAAGAAUUGGACGAAUUGGCUGAAUUUUCCAAUUGUUUUAAGAAGCAAAGAAUUAAGCAUGGUUUUACACAAGGCGAUGUUGGUGUUGCACUCGGUAAACGAUAUGGCACAGAUUUUUCACAAACAACCAUUUCCCGCUUUGAAGCACUCAAUCUUUCCUACAAAAAUAUGUGCAAAUUACGCCCUCUUCUAGAAGAUUGGUUACACGAAACUGAUCGUCUAAUAACUGCAGGUGCUAGUGUUCAAGAUAUUAUGGAAGGUGUGGCAAUACAACGAGUGACAAUGCUUUCAUCAAAAUCGGCUUCUUCCUCUUUAAAUUCUAAUGUAGUUUCAUCAAGUACUGAUGGAUUCCCUCAAAUGUUUGAACAGGUUGUUGUUGUUGUCAAUUCUUCUACUAAAUUGUUGCAUUUAUUACGUGAUGAUCAAAUCAAUUUGGCCAACCAAAAAACUUUUUCUAUUUCUUCUCUUUCAAGAAGAAGACCAUUUUUACCACCUAUUUCUUCAAUGACUACUCAAACAAAAAUUGAAUUUGAGUCGAAGUUGCCUUCACUUCCCCCUCUUCCCCUUCCUCCAAUCUAUUCUCUUCCUCUUCCUUUUACUCUUCCUAUUCAUCCUCUUCUUCCCCUUCCUCUUCCCCCUCUUCUUCCAUUGUCUUCUAUUCAUUCCCCCACCCUUCCUUCUUCUUCUUCCCGUCUUCCUCUAUUUUCUUCCAUUUAUUCUUUAUCCCCCAAAAUGUCUAUAUUAUCCUCCCCUCAUCUCAACAAUUACUCCAAUGAUUUUUUAAAUCGUAUUAAAUGCUUCCCCUACAUUGAUGACAACAAUCAAAAUAAUAAACAACACAACAAUAAUUGUUUGAUCUGCAAUAAAAUUGUCCGGUCUCUUCCUUCCCAGCAUUCUCAAAAGUUAAAGAGAAAAUAUUUUUUAAGUCAACGGAUUAGAACAUUGUUUUCUUUUGUUUGUUGCUUCCGUCCUUUAUUUUCAUUGAAGGAAACUAAAAAUAGUAAAAGAAGAAAAAUGAUAAAAUCAAAUGAAGAGGAGGAGAAAGGAGAAGAUGAAGAAGAGAAAGUGGGAAGAGAUGAAGAGAAGGAAGAAGAUGGAAAGGGAGAGAAUGAAGAUACACAAAAGGGUGGAGACGAGGAAAUUGAAGAGGAAAAAGUCGAAGAGGACGUAGCUAAAGAUGAAAUGGAAGAGGGAGGAAGAAGAGUUGCAGAUCAAAAUGAAGAAGACGAAAAGGAAGCGAAAGAUGAAGAAAAUCAAAUUGAUAAAAAUGAAGAACAACCUCAAUCCUCUUCUCAUCCACUCGAAACUUUGCUUCAUUUUGAAGAUGAGGAGGAAGAAGAAUGUAUCGUCUCAGAAUGUUUUCAAAUAAAUCCAAUAGCUAUAGACGAUCCGUUUUUUAAUUAUUGGAAUAACCAGCAAUGGAAUUGUCAAGAACGCCCAAUACAAAUUGAUUUGGGUUUUGCUGAUCGAAUAAAAACUUUUUGGAACGGGGACUGGUGGAAUAAUACAAAAUGGUCUUCUGGGACUGAUUGGCAUGAACUUAUAGGGAAUUUGGAGUUUUCGCCUGUUUAUGGACAUUCUGAGGCCGUUAACGGUUCGUGGUGUUUGCCAGGGCAAGACUGCACUGCCAAUAUUUUAUCAAUCUCGCCAAUAGAAGAAGGUGAAAAUCAUCAUCACCAACAACAAAAUCAAAUAACAAAGGAGAAUAAUGAAAAAAUGAACGCCUUUUCAACAAUUGUAAAUAACAACAACAACGAAUCUGUUCAGUCCAAAAUUCUUUUGCCACCUUUCAAAAAACGAAGGAAACGUACAAAUUUGGAUACAGCACAAAAAUUGUCUUUGGAUACCUUUUUCAGAAUUGAUCCACGUCCAGACAAUGCCCGAAUGGUUGAAAUUGCAACUUUACUAGAUUUGGAUCACGACGUUGUACGUGUUUGGUUUUGUAAUCGACGCCAAAAAUUACGCAAAAAAUAA